AUGGUCUGAAGACCUUCCUGCUGUAAUUUCCUCUUUCCUGCUGGUUUUCCUGCUCAGGACUAUUCAGCAUCAGGGUUGGGCUUCAAGUGUCCCGAAAUCUCAGAGCUAUGAGAGAGUGCUGGGACGUUAUGUUACAAACUUGGAAAAACAAAGUAUGCUGUGUGGAAUACUGGCAGAAAACCAUUGGAAUAUAAAACGGAAGAGACGAACUGUACAGAAAUACCCACUAUUUCUUCAUCGUACAGGAAGCUUCACAUGGAAAGCCUAGGUCAAAGGGUUGUGAGGCCGGCUUUUUGAGCAGAACGCACACACACUCACACACACACACUCUCCCAGAGCAUGCCUAUCAGUCCACCUGCCGACGGCAAACAUGAGGCUUUCGACCGGCCGCGGCAACAACACGCCCCUACCAACGGUAACCACGGGGAUGACAGCAUUCGGGCCUCUCCCGGGACUAAAUCUACCUCCGAACCUAUGGAGGAUCUCCACGGUAACGCAGUUGUCAUCCGCAUCGGAAUUCCUGAUUUGCAGCAAACGAAAUGCCUGCGAUUGGACCUGGAAGCUCCAGUGUGGGUUUGCAAGCAGAGAGUUCUGGUCACUUUGACACAGAGCCUGACCGAUGUGCUUAACUAUGGCCUCUACCUCCCUGCCUUCAACGGGCGUGCCGGAAAGUUCCUCGAUGAGGAGAGAUUGCUCAGGGAGUACCCUCUCCCUACUGUCACACCCGUACCAUACCUAGAGUUCCGUUACAAGAGGCGUGUUUACACUCAGAGCUAUGUAGAAGACAAGCAGCUGGCCAAACUACAUACCAAGGCCAAUUUAAAGAAGUUUAUGGAGUAUGUUCAACAGAGGAGUGUGGAGAAGGUCUGCAGGUUCUUGGAAAAAGGGCUGGACCCCAACUUUCACGAUUGUGACAGCGGAGAAUCUCCGCUCACUCUCGUGGCCCAGCUGGACUCAUGUGCUGAUCUGAUCAAGGUGUUGAGGAGUGGAGGGGCCCAUCUGGACUUCAGAACCAGAGAUGGCCUGACAGCACUGCACAAAGCAGCCCAAACACACAACCAUGUAGCACUGACUACAUUGUUGGAUCUAGGGGCCUCUCCAGACUAUAAGGACAGUCGUGGGCUCACCCCCCUCUAUCACAGUGCCAUGGUUGGGGGAGAUCCAUACUGUUGCGAGCUGCUCUUGUACGAUCACGCCCAGCUAGGCUACAGCGAUGAGAACGGCUGGCAGGAGAUCCAUCAGGCUUGUCGCCAUGGAAACGUGCAGCACCUUGAGCACCUGUUGUUCUAUGGAGCGGAGAUGAGCGCUCAGAAUGCCUCAGGAAACACAGCACUACACCUGUGUGCCCUCUACAACCAGGAAGGCUGUGCUAGAGUUCUCCUGUUUCGAGGAGCAAAUAAAGAAAUCAAGAACUACAACAACCAAACAGCAUUUCAGGUUGCUAUCAUCGCAGGGAACUUUGACCUGGCUGAAAUCAUCAAGAUCCAUAAAACCUCAGACGUUGUGCCUUUCAGGGAGACCCCCUCAUACUCGUUUCGGCGGCGUGCGGUCUGUGUAUCCCCUCGUCGCUCUCUGAUGCGGUCAGCCAGUGAUAAUGCUCUGGAUGAGAGUUUGCCGGCCCCCUCUCCUGCCCCCUCCCUUCGCAGCCUGCCCCCCCUCGAGCCCGACGAUAGCACACCCACCCUGCGCAGCCCCCAGUCUGCUCACACACACACGCGGAGCCUCAGGAGACACACCCGCGGUCAUCUCAGCCCUGGCAGUCCUGUUCAAAGAGAGCCCAGUCCUCCUGCUGUAUCCCGAGGGCCAAAGCGACGUCUGUACAGCGCGGUGCCCGGCCGAACCUUCAUCGCCGUCAGCUCCCACACGCCACAGGGCGAGGGUGAGAUCACGCUGAACCGCGGAGAGAGGGUCAAAGUGCUGAGCAUAGGUGAGGGAGGAUUCUGGGAAGGCUCAGUUAAAGGACGAACUGGCUGGUUUCCUGCUCACUGUGUAGAGGAGGUCCAGAUGAGACAGUAUGACCCACGACUCGAGACGAGAGAAGAUCGUACUAAGAGACUUUUCAGGCACUACACUGUUGGCUCCUAUGACAACUAUACCUCGUACAGUGAUUAUGUUAUAGAAGAAAAAAGUGCAACGUUGCAGAAAAGAGAUAGCGAAGGAUUUGGCUUCGUGCUUCGGGGAGCUAAAGCUGAGACACCCAUUGAAGAGUUCACACCUACUCCUGCAUUCCCUGCCCUGCAAUACCUGGAGUCAGUGGAUCUGGAGGGAGUGGCAUGGAGGGCAGGAUUAAGGACAGGAGAUUUCCUCAUAGAGGUGAAUGGGGUGAGUGUUGUAAAGGUGGGACACAGGCAGGUGGUGUCUCUGAUACGGCAGGGUGGGAGUCGGCUUGUAAUGAAGGUGGUGUCUGUCACGCGCAAACCUGACACAGGAGAUGUCAUCCGCAAGAAAGCCCCCCCACCUCCCAAGAGGGACCCAAGCACCAGCCUGACUCUGCGUUCCAAAAGCAUGACCGCAGAACUGGAGGAGCUGGCGUCAAGGAGAAGGAGGGGAGAGAAGUUGGAUGAGAUGUUAAGUUCACCAAAAGAACCUGUUGUAGUGAUGAGGCCACGCCCCCCAGAUGACCCAAGAGCAGCCACUGUGAAGCAGAGGCCAACGAGUCGCCGCAUCACACAGGCUGAGAUCAGUUCUUUGUUAGAGAGGCAGGGUUUGCCAGCAAAUGCAGGAGUGUCUUUAGCUGUGGACAAAAGUCACAUGCAGCUGCCUCGGGGAAUGUCAAGAACAAAGUCAUUUGGUGCUCCAGAGGAUGAUAGAAUCUCUGCCCUGAUCGGAGAACAUCGCUUCCCUAGAAGCUCUUCAAUGACCGACAGCUUCAGACAAGACAGUAUCCCACCCCCUCCACAGACAGCUCCUCCACCGCCUCCAACUCCCUAUUUCCUUGAUUCAGGACCACCUCCUUCCUUCCUCCCGCCCCCACCCCCCUCUCGCGCUGCCAACCAGAGCCGUUCGAGCUUCCGCCCGGGGGCGGAGCCCAAGCUCCAUGGCCCGGUCACGACAGACCGCCAGCGAAAAACACGCUCCAUGAUAAUUCUUCAGGACACCUCCCAUUUGCCAGUGGAGCCGGCCCCUAUUGCAAGACCGCAAACGCCUACCUCUGGAGCUGCCCCUCCUGAACGCGGUCGUAGGCGUGGCCCACAAGUCGAGAAUCCGUAUGCUAACGUGGGCCGUCUAAGUGCGGUCUAUACUCCAACCAAGCCUCAGCGCAGGAAGAGCCCACUAGUCAAGCAAGGACAAGUUGAGGAGGGUUCUACUGCUCAGUCUAGCAGAGACCCCUCUCCGUUGGGCGGGUUGCGUAUUCCACACAGCAGCCGAGCAGAGCAGUUCCAACAGCAGGUUCUCUCAGAGCGAGCCAGGAUCACGCCUCCUGGGGCCCGCCGAAGACCUAGUGUUUUCUUGUCUGUAGAAGGGGGAGCAACAGAGCCGCAAACCACUCCAUUACUGUCGCAGUCCCACUCUGUGGACGAGUUAGCUGAGUUGCCUCCACCGGCUCCAAUGCUCUCCCCUGGCCCACCACCAGGGGGCACCACUUUUAUACACCCUCUAACAGGUCGACCACUGGAUCCUUCAUCACCACUAGCGCUUGCACUUGCUGCACGAGAACGAGCUCUUAGCGGCCGGAAUACACCCACUCCCACGCCCUCACCUGCACCUUCUCCCACUCAAGGCCGAGUGGUGGAGAGACCCGAGACAGAGGGAGGUGCAACACCACCUGCUCCUCUUGAGGCUCCUCCUACUAAUUCAUGGAGAGAGGAACCUGUAAGCAUCACAGAAACGGCUAGCCAAGUGACUAGCGGUAGCCCUGGGUCUGGACGAAGCCUGGAGGAAGCACUUAGUGUGCCACCCAGUGUGCAACCUGCACUAAUGGAUACAGAGCAUACUCAACCGGCAGUCCCGCCCACUUUGCCCUCCCCUGCCCCCACCCUCUCAAAUCUGACUGCUCGAAGUCUGACUAUGAGCUCAGAGGAGGAGGCGGAGCCCUACACAGUGACCCUGCCUCCUGCACUGCUUUCGUCAAGUGAUGAGGAAACAAGGGAGGAGCUUCGUAAGAUAGGCCUUGUGCCCCCCCCUCAACCCUUCUCCAAUGGCCUUCUAAUUAAAGAAACACCCAAAGCCACUAUAAGCAUUUCACCUAGUGGAUCACGGCCAUCCAUCGCCAAGACCUCCUCUGGAAAAGCAAGUGAUUCAAUGGCAGACUCUGGUGUUGAAGACCCCCAUAUGGAGACCACCAGUACUGUUUCAACAGUCUCCAGCAUGUCCACUUUGUCAUCAGAGAGCACAGACUCCACCCAAGCAAGCAAACCACGUUGUGGGGUGGGGCGUGGUCGCCCCGCCCAUCUCAGGGACCCACUGCUUAAACAGUCAUCAGAUAGCGAGCUGCUUCCACAUCCACCCAGCACAGGCCCCACCCGCCCACGCUACCUAUUCCAAAGACGCUCUAAACUCUGGGGAGAGGAGCCCAAGACACAGGUGGGUGGGGCCGAUGAAAGUCGGCCUGCAGCUAUGGGUGCGGAGUUACUAAGCAAAGAUACUCUUUCACUGGGGGAGGAGCCACCAAUGGGAGCGCCACUUGACCCUGGAAGGAGGUCACCUGUGGGAGGGGCCAGAUGUGAGGAGAAUGGAGAAGAGAGUAAAUCACUCUUUAGUAGUUUAGGAGAGCUUCACACCAUCUCUCAGAGGAGUUAUGGCACCACCUUCACGAUCCGGCCUGGUAGCCGAUACCCAGUAACCCGCAGGACUCCAAGUCCCGGAGCCACUCCAGAACGGAGUGAACCGCUGGGUCCUGUUCGCACUUUUGGCCCUCAUCACCACCAUCACACCAUCCUCAAGUCCUCCAGCCUAAGCUUGCCCCAGGAGCCCAAGGAGGUGCGUUUCGUCAUGAGGAGUGCCAGCGCUCGAGCCCGCAGCCGCUCUCCAUCCCCCUCCCCAUGCGCUUCUCCCUGCCCCUCACCGGUACUUGGAGCCCCUCUCCUGGCCCUGCGACCAUUCAGACAGCGCCCACUAGCACUGUGGAGUAAGUAUGACGUGGGAGAGUGGCUCGAGAGUGUGGGACUAGGGGAGCAUCGCGUACGCUUUUUGGAACAUGAGAUUGAAGGCGCCCAUCUGCCUGCCCUCACCAAGGACGAUCUGGCAGAGUUAGGAGUGACACGUGUGGGACACCGAAUGAACAUUGAACGAGCACUAAAGCAGCUGCUAGACAGUUGAGGAGAGCAGAAAUUGAGAAAAUAGUUCAAAAUGUCAUCACAAAUCAUUUUAAUUUUUACAAUUAGAAUUCCAGUUAUCCCUACGUUUUAUACUACAGUGUCCAGUGCACACACUCUUGUGUAAACCUAACUCCAAGCCAUAAUUUUUUUUUUUACCACACAUUCACUGCUGAAACAUAUGGUGGGGUCAGUAGUCUGAGUCCACACUGAAAAUCUGUAUUUCAAAAUCUAAUUUAACUAGAAAGUUUUGAGGGUUAUUCCAAGUCAAAUCAGCCACAAUUCAGAAAUUUCCUUGAAAUUUUUUAUUUGCUAAUACUUUUUCUGAAGAAAGAUAAACUUAAAUGAUAAUGAAGGACAAAAUAUUUAAUACCAUGGAUCAAUAUUUAAUAAAUAAUCCAUUAUUUUGUUUAGGGGGGUCAAAAUAAAAAAUGUUGCUUUAUGAUUUUGGAGUAAAACUACAGGUCAAAAACAUAACCUAAGAAAGAUGGCAACGGCAUUAUUAUAUUUUUACACAGAGAUAGAUAGGUCUAUUACUAAACUCAGUUGACUUCAGCAGUCUUUGUUGAAUUAUAUGCCAGUGGUGUGAGUCCAAAAAAGUUUAAAUGUUUUUUGUGUUGUUUUUUCCAAAAAUUGAGUGCCUGUAAUAUCCUUUUAGAUCCUGGUUCAGAACAAAAUGUCCUUGUUGUAGGAAUUUUUAAGGCCCUUUUUUGUUAAAUCCCAAAGAUUUGAAAAUCGUUACUUUUUGUCAAUUUUUUAUUGUUAUUAAGACUUAAUACUUAAUAUUAAGAAUAAGUGACACAUGUUGCUCCUCAGUUAGUGCAAUAUUAUAUCUAAUUUUUAGAUUUCAGAAAUGUACACCUGCAAAGCUCUGAAAUGCAUCAUUAGGGGUCCAAAAACCAAAGAGGUGUCAGAAACUGUAAAUCAUAGAGAUUGCAGUCUUGGUUGGAUGGUCACAAACUUGUUCUGCAGUCAAGAAUCAAUCAUGGGUGAUUAUGGGCCACACACAAAAACGUAUUCACUCAUACAGUAUCUUUUAAACGAUUAAAUGAAUCAAUUAUUCUUUUUUUUUAUUUGAUUUUUUUAUAUUGAUUGGUUUGGGGAUGGAAGAGCCAUAGACCUCUGGUUAAAUUGACACAAAUGACCCAGAAGGUUUUGAAAAAGUUUAAGCCAUGAAACAGUAUUACGCAAAAUAAAGACAGUUUCUGUGCUAUUUCUAUGCCACUAAUUAAAUAAGCAAAGGAUUCGUAGAGUCCAUGGUGGUGUAUGCUGUCAUUAAAGUAGGGGGACAAACUUUUCACUCAAAUUGUUAAGAUGAUAAGAUAAUUUGUAAUGGAGAAAAACAAAAAAAACAAUGCAAAAUAGAAGCAAUUUUCACAAGUUCACUCAGACUUUUGAACACCACUGUAGAUAUUAUUCAUGCACCCCUGAUUUAAAAGGACAGUUUACCCAAAAAUGAAAAAUAAUUGACCCUCAUGCCAUCCCAGAUGUGUAUGACUUUCUUUCUGCAGCAGAACACAAACAAAGAUUUGUAGAAGAAUAUCUGAGCUCUGUAGGUCCAUACAAUGCACGAUACGAUCGCUUUGGGUGAGAAACACAUCAAUAUUUAAGUCCUUUUCAUUAUAACUGUUUACUUUCGGUCGCUAUAAAAUGCACAUUCAUGAGAGAUCCAAGUACACACAGCCUCUCACAUGACAUACAGUAAGUGCACUGGCAUGUUCAAAUGAAAGCAAAACCAACGAAGCGUGUGAACAGCGUUCUGUUGUAAAUAAACCGAGCUGCACUUCCGGUUGUAUCGCGUCUUGCUUGAAUAUGCCAACACGCCUACGUCACACGAAAGGCUGCGUGAACUCGGUCCUCUCAUGAACGCGCAGUGUAGAGUGAAUGAAAGUAAGCAAUUUUAGUGAAAAGGACUUAAAUAUUAAUCUGUUUCUCAUCUCGCUUUAAAAGUAAUUCAUUUAACCACUGGAGUCGGAUGGGUUACUUUUAAUAUGACUGUCUGUGCUUUUUGGAGCUUUAAAGUGCUGAUCACCAUCAGCUUGCAUUGUAUGGACCUACAGAGCUGAGAUAUUCUUCUAAAAAUCUUAAUUUGUGUUCUGCUGAAGAAAGAAAGUCAUAACUAUCUGGGAUGGCAUGAGGGUGAGUAAAUGAUGAGAGAAUUUUCAUUUUUGGGUGUACUAUUCCUGGAACACUCACAAAAUUACACCUCCUUACCACAUUCUAUAGUUUGCCGUACACUUACAAAAAAAAAAAAAAAAAAUCGUGGAAAAUACAUGCUGGACAGGAGCAUGGACCUACUGCGCAAUAUCUACUACUUAAAGCUACAGGUUUUAAGAGAACUGAAUUUAAUGGCCAUAUUUUUAAUGGGUUUCCUGCACAAUAACAAAUGAAAUAGCCAGCAAGCAGCCAUUUCCUUCUCAUGCAUGUUUUACAAUCAAAUUGUGACAAUGAAGGUGUGGGAAAACACUACAGACUGCUCUCACAUUAACAGAGGAAGUGUAAGAAUAUCAUCACCGUCUGGAUUCACAUGGAUUUCCUACUUCUAGAAGAGAGACUUAUGAAAUGUAGUAUCAGUAUCCACUUGGGAGCAAAUAGAAAGGAAGAGAAUGGAAAUCUCUCUUGUAAACAAUACCAAUGCUUCCAAGUGCCUGGAAUUUAUAGUAUGUUCACCUACCAUCUUGCAACUCAAAAAAGUAUAUAGCCAUGUAAAUGGUGACUGUAAAAUGUAUUGUUGCAAUUGGACUUGGCAUGUAAAUGCAACAUGUCCCAAGUAAGAAAGGAUCUGACAAUCUGCCCUAAACCAGGAGAAACAACUUCUCCCAAUACAAUACAUGUGGCCUUGAGGUAAUACUGCUGCCAUCUCAAAUUUGUUAAAGAUAGAUAUUUUCAGUCACUACAUUCAAUUUUAUAUGUAUAUGAUAUAUGGAGUUAGUUAUAUAUUCAAAAGAGGAGAAUGUAUGAGAAUAAGGUGAGAUUUACUUGUCUUAUGACCUGUGAGAUUGUGUCAUAUUUGGUUUUACUUCACAUUUGUUAUUUUAUUUGUCAGUUAUCAAACCAAUACCCUAACAUGAACACAGUUACUCUUUUCCCCCAUAGUAUAACUUGUGAUUUGUGAGUUAUAAACACAUAAUCUUUGGACUAGUUGAACAGUUCUUUUUCAUGGUUUAAAAAAAAAAAAAUCAUAAUUACAAAAAGACCUUUGACCUUUGUCUAUUAUGAAUAAAUGCUUAUAUAGAUUAACUGUUUUGUUUAAACACGAUUUGAAAUACUUUGAGUUGUAGGUAUACACUUUUAAAUGUUACCUUUUGUAUUUGAUUAUUCAGCAUCAGUCAGUCAUUUCAUGCUGAUCAAUUUGUGAAUUUAAGAAGACAAUAUUUCUUUGACAUGAUCUAUUUGGUCUGUAUUGUGCAAUUACUCAUUUGAACUUCAUAUCAAGACUUUCGAUUUAAAACAAUAUGAGCAAAAUACACUGUAUGCUACCUAAGGGCUUUUAACAAAAGACAAAUUAUAAACAUUCAAUAUAAUAAUUUUUUACAAAUCUGUUUGAGUGGUCAUGUGGCGAAAUUGCAUGAUCCCCAGCUAUUAGUUAAAGGGAUUUUGGUUCACCCAAAAAUGCAAAUGCUCUCAUCAUUCACUUAACCUCAUGCCAUCCUAGGUGUGUAUGACUUUCUUUCUUCUGCAGAAUGCAAAUUAAGAUAUUUAGAAGAAUAUCUCAGCUUUGUAGGUCCAUAUAAUGCAAGUGAAUGGUGAACAGAACUCAGAAUGUUCCAAAAAGAAUAUAAAUGCAGCAUAAAAGUAAUCCAUAAGACUCAAGCGGUUAAAUCCAUAUCUUCAGAAGCAACAUAAAAGGUGUGGGUGUGAAACAGAUCAAUAUUUAAGUCCAUUUCUACUUAAAAUAUCUACCUUUGAUCAGCCCCAACCAGUAGAUAGUGAUAUGCAUGAAGAAUGUGAAUCACCAAAAAAAAGAAGAAGAAUGUGGAAGUGAAAGUGGAGAUUUAUAGUAAAAAAGGACUUAAAUAUUCAUCUGUUUUUUACCCACACCUAUCAUAUCGCUUCUGAAGACAUGGAUUUCACCACUGAAGCCAUAUGGAUUACUCUUCGCUCUGUGAUGUACCAUGACUUGAGGGCGGUGUUCAGCCGGUCCCGUGCCACAGCCCUCCCUCCUCAUCGCCCGUACGACUGUGUGUUUGAACUGCUUCCUGGCACCUCUCCUUCUUGGGGACGGCUGUAUUUGCUAUCGGCUCCCGAGAGGGAGGCCAUGAACAGGUAUAUCAAUGAUUCUGUGGCAGCUGGUCUCAUCCGCCCUUCCUCAUCGCCCGCAGGGGUGGGGUUCUUCUUCGUGGAGAAGGAUGGCUCACUUAGACGCAGCAUAGAUUAUCGGGGGCUGAGUGACAUCACGGUGAAGAAUCGUAAUUCUUUGCCGUUAAUGUCCUCAGCCUUCAAACUCUUACAGGGGGCGUCUGUCUUUACAAAGUUAGACCCAUGCAAUGCUCAUCACCAGGUCCAAAUCAGGAAGGGGGAUGAGUGGAAGACGGCCUUUAACACCCAUAGGGGGCACUUCGAAUAUUUGGUUAUGCCUUUCGGAUAGGUCAACGCCCCCACCAUCUUCCAGGGGCUCGUAAAUGAUGUGGCUAGAGACAUGGUUGAUGGUUUUGUGUUUGUUUAUCUUGACGAUAUUCUGAUCUUCUCCCAGAAUAUCCAGGACCAUGUGCAGCAUGUCUGGCAGGUGCUUCAGUGACUGCUAGAGAAUCGGCUGUUUGUCAAGGUGGAGAAGUGUGCCUUUCAUGCACAGUCGGUUCCAUUCCUGGGGUUCAUCGUUUCGUCCGAGGGAGUGCGCAUGGACCCUGCUUAAGUCAAAGCCGUCUACAGUUGGCCAACCCCAGAUUCCCGCAAAGCAUUUCAGAGGAUUCUGAGGUUCACAAAUUUUUAUCAGAGGUUUAUUAGAAACUACAGCCAACUCGGUGCACCUUUGAUGGAUCUCACCUCCACCCUCACUGACUUUUGCUGGUCCCCACAGGCUGCAGCCAUGUUUUCCAAACUAAAGGAGCAGUUUUCUACUGCACCUAUUUUAAUAACUCCCGACCCUGCCAGUCAGUUCGUGGUGGAGGUGGAUGUGUCCGAGGUUGGUGUUGGAGUGGUCCUCUUGCAGCGCUCUCCCUCGGAUGGAAAGAUGCAUCCGUGAGCAUUCUUUUCGCACCACUUAACACCGGCUGAAUGGAACUAUGACGUCGGUAACUGAGAAUUGCUGGCGGUCCGGUUGGCCUUGGGCGAAUGGCGUCAUUGGUUAGAGGGUUCAGGGAUACCUUUCAUAGUCUGAAAUGAUCAUAAGAACUUAGAGGACAUCCGUAGCGCAAAACGCCUCAAUUCUAGAUAGGCUCGCUGGGCAUUAUUUUUCACUUGGUUUAAUUUCACCCUUUCGUAUCGCCCGGGCUCUAAGAACGUCAAGCCCGAUUCCUUGUUUCGAUGUUUCGAAAUCGAGACCUCCACCAUCCCACCGGAUACCAUCCAACCUGCCACUCGAGUGGUGGGCAUGGUAUCCUUGGAGGUGGAGGCUAAAGUCUGUGCUACGAAACACCAUGCUCCUCGCCACAUGCCCAGUGGGCAGGUUAUUUGUUCCGCUGUCAGUUUGAACCCACGUCCUACAGUGGGGUCACUUGUCCAAUGUUGCUUGCCACUCAGGGGUGGCCCGCACCCAGACGCUCAUUAGACAAUGUUUCUGGUGGCCAUCGCUUGCAUGGGACAUAUGCCAGUUUGUUGCCGCUCGCCCCAUUUGUGUGACAAAUAAGAUCUCCUGUAACACCACGGUCGGGCUCCUUCAACCGCUGUCUGUCUCUUCGAGACCCUGGUCGCACAUAGCCAUGGAUUUCGUAAAUGGUCUCCCCCUCUUCCAUGUCAACACAGUCGUUUUGAUUGUAGUGGAUCGGCUCUUGAAGGUGGCACAUUUCAUUCCCCUCCCCAAAUUACCCUCAGCGUGGGAGACAGCAGUAGCAGUCAUAAACCACAACUUCCGCAUUCAUGGCCUCCUGGUCGAUGUGGUUUCUGACAGAGGCUCCCAUUGUGUCACGUUUUUAGGCAAAGUUCUGUCGACAGCUGGGGGCUACAGUGAGUCUGUCCCCUGGGUUCCACACCCAGACAAAUGGGCAAGCGGUGUGGACUAAUCAGGAACUGGAAAAGACCCUGUGCUGUAUGGCCUCCUGUAACCAGUCUUCUUGGAGUGAUAAUUUAGUCUGGGUCGAGUACGCCCACAACUCCUUUCCAUCAUCAUCUACGGGGUUAUCGCUCUUCCAGUGUAGCCUCGGCUACCAGCCCCCUCUGUUUCACACUCAAGAACCUGAUGUUCAGGUCCCGUCCAUACACACCUUUUUGAAGAGGUACUGUCACGGCUCCGGUGAGUUUGCCAGUUUAUUCUGUUGUUUUGUUUUACUCUCUCCCUCAUGUCUCGCAGGCCGAGCUGGCACGCAUGAUCAGUGUUUCCAUGGGAACAUCGAUCGUUCCCAGGGAGGCUCUGAUCAUGCCACUGAUUAACAUGCUGCCUACACCUUUUCCACUCUAAUUGCACUCCCUACUUAAUCCUUGUGUGCCCUCACUGUCUUUGCUAGAUUAUUGUGUGUGCUGUCAAGCAACUAACCUUGCUCUCUGGGUCUAGUUGGUGUUGUCUCGUGUAUCUGUUGGUUGCCUGUCUCUGCCUGCAUGUCGGGAUUGUGGUUACCUUCCAGCUUGCUGUAUGCCUGUCCUCCCACCCACGAAUCGCCAGUGGAGGAUUCCUCAUCACUGCCCGCGUGUCAGGAAUACAACUGCCCACUUUGGCCUGGGCUUUGUUCUCUGCACCUUACCACGCUUCAACGGAAACUUCCUAUGGAUCUGCUCCUGACUUCCACAACACAUACACCUGUCUACGAAUACACUCUUCCUUUGCCCACUGCACAACCAUGAUGCGCAUGGUGACUCAAACUUCGCCUUAUGCUACUGCUGCCGGUGCUGGGAUCUCCAGCCUUAAACAUUUUAGUAAAUUGACAUUUUCUGUUGUUAAUAAAUCCUUUGAACUGUU